UUUGACCCUGCUGCGAAAUAUCCUGAUCCAUUUCUAUUUAUUCUCUCUUUCCAAUGCUCACCAUUUUUCACGCAUUUUGAUUUCUGUCACUCACUCCACGCAGCUGGCCGGACGGAAUCAGAUCCAGAAGCGGCCAUUUUCAUGGGCCUUGACCUCACAAUUCUUCAUUUCCUUCAAUGGCGACGCCUCCUCGUCUUCUUCUUCUUUUGAUCCUUUACAGACUACCGGUUACCAUUACAGCUUUUCACCUUCUUCUUAUCUUCCUCCACUCCCUUUUAUAGCUCCCGCUUUCUAUACCGGUUCUCCCGGUAACUUCUACAAGCUUUCCUUCUUUGUUUUAUUCCCGGUGAAGCUACAGUAUUAGUCAAGAAAAUCAAAAUUCAUCAUCCUUGAUUCCGAUUUCUAUAUUUAAUUUCUUCUUUGAUAAUUAUCUAUUGUUAUACUAGACUAUUUAAGUCAAACUCCGUCGUCUCCUCUUUCGUUUUUGUUUUUUUUUUUAAUACUUUCUUCUUCCUGUUUGGUCGGCUAGAAAACGAGAAAACGAUUUCAGGCAUCGAAUUCCCAAGAAAAUAGGGAUCAAUUAUUCAGCUAAUUAAUUAGUUGAGAGUUUUCUCAGAAACCAAGCGGAUAAACACGAUGGCGUCGGUGUUUUUGUACCAUGUGGUGGGCGAUCUGACGGUGGGCAAGCCAGAAAUGGCGGAAUUCUUCGAUACAGAGACUGUGGAAUCGGCUAUUCGGGCCAUCGGAGAGUCCACAGAAUGCGGGAUUCCCGUAUGGAAGAGGAGAUCAGUGGCGGGUGUGAUUGAGAACAGCGAAAUGAGGCAACAGAGGUUUGUGGGUAUACUCAAUUCUCUCGAUAUCGUUGCUUUCUUGGCUAGAAAUGAGUGUCUUGAGGAUCAGGAGAAGGCCAUGAAAACUCCUGUCUCAGAAGUUGUCCUGCCUAACAAUUCUCUCUUGAAACAAGUCGAUCCUGGGACAAGAUUGAUUGAUGCACUGGAGAUGAUGAAGCAAGGUGUGAGGCGACUCCUAGUUCCUAAGAGUGUUAUUUGGAAAGGCAUGAGCAAGAGAUUCUCAAUUCUUUACAAUGGGAAAUGGCUGAAAAACAUUAAUACUCCUAAUAGCAGUAGCAAUAAUCUCCCCAUCAAUGCCAACCGACCUUCGUCUUCUGCUGCUUCUUGUCGUGAUAAGUUUUGCUGUCUCUCAAGAGAAGAUGUCAUCCGUUUCCUUAUUGGUUGCCUCGGUGCCCUUGCUCCACUACCUCUAUCUUCUAUUUCAUCUCUUGGAGCUGUGAACCCAAACUACAACUUCGUUGAAGCUUCACUUCCUGCCAUUGAAGCUACCUGCAAGCCACCUGGGGAUCCCAGUGCAAUUGCUGUUGUGGAACACACUCCGGAUGAUCAGUAUAAAAUUAUUGGAGAAAUUUCAGCAUCUAAACUAUGGAAAUGUGAUUAUUUAGCUGCAGCUUGGGCUUUAGCAAAUCUUUCAGCAGGGCAGUUUGUCAUGGGAGUUGAAGAUAAUAUGGCCUCAAGAGCACUUGCUGAUUUUUCGGUUAAUUCACCAGUUGGACAAAGUGAUACGAAUGGAAUGGGUUCGCUAAGACCAAGGAAGUUCAGCAGUAGAAGCAUUGGGUUCAAUCCAGCGAGCCCGACUUUCAGCAUUGGCAGGAACAUGUAUAGGGGCAGAAGCACACCAUUAACUUGUAAAAUUACGAGUUCAUUAGCAGCUGUAAUGGCUCAAAUGCUAUCACACAGGGCAACACAUGUAUGGGUGACUGAAGAUGACAGCGAUGAUGUUUUGGUUGGAGUUGUCGGAUAUGCAGACAUAUUGGUUGCCGUUACUAAACAACCUUCUACUUUUAUUCCAUCAAAUCGAUCUUGUGAAGGGUUUGGGGCUGAAAUAUCAAAUUGAGUUAUUGUUUUCCUCUUGUGAUUUUGAUUUUACUGGUAAUUUGUGAAUUUGUGAAUUGAGUUUCUUGUGGCGUCCAUUUGCAAUUUAUGGGAUGCUGUUAUCUUCCUCCUCGAAAAGGGACACGCGCCAUCUUGAGCCUUUGAGGAAAGGAGCUUUGGAUAAGAAACUGGAAUAACAAUUGUGCAGGGGUUCUUGUUUCCUUCACUGUGUAAAAUAUUGUAAUGAGUGUUGAAGACAUUUUGCAGGAGAUUAGAAAGAUGUGGGUAGAUUAUAUAUAUAUAUAUAUAUAUAUAUAUGAUUUGGUUUAUAAAUUUUCAACUUGUAUAACUCGGUCCUCUGUUUCUGUAAUGAAUGUUUAGUUGAUUAUAAAGCCGUAUGAUUCCAAGAA